AGGGACACUGUUAGAUACAAAAUAUAGAUACAGCUUAAACAGAAAAUAGAUCUAAUCUGGCUGCGAAGCAUUUCAAAGUAUAGGAGCUAGCUCAUCUUUUUUCAAUAAUCCGAUUUACGUAAGUUUUUAAGUUCCGUUUAGGUCCUACUCGUUUUACGUACGCACUUUGCGUAGCCAGUCGUACACACAGAGGCAUCAUGGCGGACGUGUUGGAUCUUCACGAAGCGGGCGGCGAGGACUUUCCUAUGGAUGAGGAUGGUGAUGAGAGCAUCCAUAAGCUGAAAGAAAAGGCCAAGAAAAGAAAAGGACGCGGCUUUGGCUCAGACGAGGGAGCGAGGUCCAGAACCAAGGAGGACUACGAUACUGUGGAACAAGACGGGGACGAACCAGGCCCACAGAGAUCUGUGGAGGGCUGGAUCCUGUUUGUGACGGGUGUUCAUGAAGAGGCCACAGAGGAAGACAUCCACGACAAGUUUUCAGAGUUUGGAGAAAUCAAAAAUCUUCAUCUGAACCUCGAUCGCAGGACGGGCUACCUGAAGGGUUAUGCGCUGGUAGAGUAUGAGACCUACAAAGAGGCCCAGGCUGCCAUGGAGGGGCUCAACGCUCAGGACAUGAUGGGCCAGCCAAUCAGCGUGGACUGGGCAUUCGUCAGAGGGCCUCCCAAGAGCAAGAGACGGGCUGGAGGGCGGAGACGCAGCAGGAGUCCAGACCGGAGACGGCGCUGAGUCACCCAGAGGCCGUUUGUCACCUGUCUGAGGAAGCUGGCCGCGGAAUCUUUGUACGAUUUUUUUCCGAGUAACAGUUCUGCCGCCGCGUUUCUAAUAAUAAAUUGGUUAAACAGCAGCGUUUGCAUUUUAUUGUAAUUUCCCCGUGCUGGUUUCCUUCAAACAGGACGACAUGUGAAUCUCUCAUUUCUGGAUCUUUGUGUUACUUUUAACAAGUCUGGCUUUGUAGUUGGUUUGAUUUUCUCAAAAUGUUUGAUGUCAAGCGCAUUUAAUUCUGAUGGAGUGUUCUUUCUUUUUUUUUACAACCUGGAAAACAUUAAAGAUUUUAAAUGGU